CAUCAUGUCUCUUCAGUAAUAGAAAUAGAAGUUUUGCAUCAUUUGGCCUAUAUUUGCGUAGAAGUCAAGUACAACUCGUCUACUUGGAUUCUUUGUACGAUCUGGGUUUCAUCAGGUUCCUUGAAAUUCUGCAAGUUCUUCAACUGUUUGUGUCUGCAGGAUAUAGUCGCUGACCCACAAGAGGAUAACAAUUUACAUUAUGGAUUGGCUAAUGAAGAUUCUCAAAGGUUCCAGUCACAAAAUGUCGGAAGGACAAUAUCAUGGGAAAUACGAAGAUAAUACGAUUUGGGAAGAACCUCCUGCUUUCGCGGAUGAAUGGUCAGAUUUUGACAGAGAAGAAAUUGAUCUCGCAAUUGCAUGGUCUCUGGUUGAAGAAGACACCUCUCUUGCUGAAAAUGAUAAUAAAGGUAAGAAAGAGGAAGAUGAGAAAGGAAAGAAAGAAGAAGAUGAGAAAGGAAAGAAAGUGAUUGAUACUGAAUCUCUGUCUCACUUAGAAGAAGACGAACUGCUUGCAAAGGCUAUUCAGGAAAGUCUGAACACGGAGUCUCCACCUCGCCCUUAUCCGAACUACCCCAAUUCAGGGUACAGGAUUUGUGCUGGUUGCAAAGGCGAUAUCGGUCAUGGCAGAUAUUUGAGUUGCAUGGAGGCUGAUUGGCACCCAGAGUGUUUUCGUUGCCAUGCUUGCAAUCAGCCAAUUUCCGAUUACGAGUUUUCGUUGUCUGACCAUCGCCCUUACCACAAAUCCUGUUAUAAGGAGCAGCAUCAUCCCAAAUGCGAUGUCUGCAAGAACUUUGUGAGUAUCAGAGUAUCUAUUCUCUGUGAAGCUAUAAUGUUUAGUAUAAGAUUAUAUUUCUCAGAAUUGCUCAUCCACUUUUCUAAAUUAAUAGCUCUUUCCACUCAAGUUCCAAUGCUCUUGGUUGAGAGACAGGCCCUAAAUGAAGCCAUGGAAGGAGAAAAAAAUGGUCAUCAUCACAUGCCCGAGACAAGAGGACUUUGCCUGUCUGAAGAGCAGACCGUUAGCACUAUUUUGAAGCGGCCGAAAAUUGGUGGACAUCGGAUAGUAGAUAUGUUUACUGAGCCUUAUAAGCUAGUUCGAGAAUGUGAGGUGACUGCAAUUCUUAUUUUGUAUGGUCUUCCUCGGUUAUUGACAGGUUCCAUCCUGGCUCAUGAGAUGAUGCAUGCAUGGCUGCGACUUAAAGGUUACCCAUAUCUAAGCCCAGAAGUGGAAGAAGGUAUCUGCCAGGUGUUAGCUCAUAUGUGGCUAGAUUCUGAAAUUCUUGCCGGUUCUGGUAGUAAUGCAGCUUCAACUCCAUCAUCAUCUUCCUCCACCUCAUCAGCAGCUUCAUCAUCAUCUAGUUCUUCGAAGAAGGGCAAACGAUCUCAAUUUGAGAAAGAACUCGGUAAGUUUUUCAAACAUCAGAUUGAGUCGGACCCUUCAACAGCUUAUGGAGAUGGUUUCAGAGAAGGCGAUAAGGCUGUGAUCAAGUACGACUUGAAGACAACGCUUGAUCAUAUUCAGCUUACUGGAAGCUUUCCGUGCUGACUUCGUUGGUGGUUUACUCUAGAUUUUCCACUCAGACAUCAUAGUGUUUGCCUGUUCAUACUAGCUUGUACACGAUUAAAUGAGUAAAACUUAAAUUAAAAAUUAAAAACAGAUGGAUAGACGAAAAGCUGGGGGUUUUAAAAAUGAAUUAAGUGAUUCUGCUGUCUCUUGUAAGUUUUGACAUUAGGCAGUUCAUAUUUUGUGUCAAAUAUUCAUAUGUAAAAGGAUAUCAAAUGUUCAUAUUGGACAUAGGCAAAAUAAAUAUUAUCCGACUAUUCUUAAAAAACAGAA